UAUCUAUAUAUGCACAUAUAUACAUCCCAAGAGCCAAGCCCGCCACAUUCCGUAACCAUUAUACACCCCUCUCUCUCUAGCUCUCUCUCUCCACAAUGCAAGAGGCACUCCCUUACAAGAUGUGGCUUCCAAGCCCCACACCAAACUCUAACGGCAUAUUACAGCUCAUGAAUUACAACGAUACUAAAACAGGGAACAGCACUGAAGUGAUUGAAGGAUCAAACGAUCAUGUUAAGAAAAUGUUAUCAGACAAUGCCGUCAUAGUGUUCGGUAUGCGUGGGUGUUGCAUGAGUCACGUAGUCAAACGUUUGCUUCAGGGUCUCGGCGUCAACCCAGCGGUGUACGAGGUCGAUGAAGAAGAUGAGGCCAGUGUUGUCCACAAGUUGGAGGAUACAAUUGGUGCAGGUGAUAGCCGGUUGCAGUUUCCGGCUGUGUACAUCGGAGGACGGUUGUUUGGAGGGCUGGAUCGGAUUAUGGCCACUCAUAUUACCGGAGAGUUAACUCCCGUAUUGAAAGAAGCUGGGGCCUUGUGGCUUUAGCUGACAAUGGCUAGCUUCAUUACAAAUCCUAUCAUAGGAAACAAAAUUUGACCCUUAAUUUCUUGUUUAAAGUCUAGACAAAUUUCUAUCAAUACAAAACCAAAUUACAUCGUUUUUGUUAA